UACAGACAAUAAGACAGUAUAAUUAUUUACUCCAAUAAAUGUGCAGAUGAAGGGGCAAUAUUAUAUUCCAGGCGAUGCGAUGAUAGAGAGAGUUGAGGCUGUUUCUGGUAAACUAUAGCUACUUUUGGUAAUGGCGGUGGGUUUCGGAGGUUACAGCUGAGUCAACUCUCGGGUCGGAGGAACGAGUUCGCCGUAAAGUUCUUCGCUGAUCGGAGGAUUAAUCCCGGUGAGGCGUUGAGGUGUGGAUGUUCGAUUUCUGGCUCUGGUACAAGUAGAGGGAGAGAUGAACGGGAAUGGAUUUAGCAGUGCAGAGACGGAGUAUAUAAGGAAGCACCACAACAAGCAACAGCCUGGAGAGAAUCAAUGCGGCUCGGCGCUCGUCAAGCACAUCAAGGCCCCUGUCCAUCUCGUAUGGUCUGUGGCGAGAAGAUUUGAUCAACCACAAAAGUACAAGCCGUUUAUCAGCAGGUGUGUUGUGCAGGGAAACCUUGAGAUUGGAAGUCUUCGAGAAGUCGAUGUUAAAUCGGGCCUUCCUGCCACAACCAGUACUGAACGAUUGGAACUUCUUGAUGAUGAGGACCAUAUCCUUAGCAUCAGGAUUGUUGGGGGUGAUCAUAGACUCAGGAACUAUGCUUCAACCCUUUCUGUCCAUCCAGAAGUCAUCGAUGGAAGACCAGGGACUCUGGUGAUAGAAUCCUUUGUCGUAGAUGUGCCAGAGGGAAACACAAAGGACGAGACCUGCUAUUUUGUUGAAGCCUUGAUCAAGUGUAAUCUGAAGUCACUUGCUGAUGUGUCGGAGCGGUUGGCAGUGCAGGACAGAACUGAGCCCAUUGAUCGCAUGUAGAUGUGGGGUCUGAGGAUAUGUAGCAAAGGUUGUAAUUACCCAUGGAUGAAGCUUCUCUUUGGCUUUCGAUUCCCAGAGGCUAUGGAGGUGGACGGGUAUUGGCUAUUUUCCACAUUCUGGAUACACAUGUGCUAUUUUCUCUCUGUUUGCCACCGUCAGUGCCUUGGUUUUAAAAUUAUGCUGGCCUUCCUGUUGUUAGGUUAAGAACCACAGCUUUGUCAAUGAAAGGUGAAACAUAAAGACUAGGUUCACUUUCUAUCUGAUCUUUCGGGUUUUGCCCGGUUGUAUGCCACGGUUGAUAUGUGUACAUUUAUUCACGUUACAAGAUUUGGUAUUUGUAGACCUUUUUUCAAAACCAUGUAGUUACAGUUGAUGUAUGUUGGAAAAGGUGAACUAUAUACACAUGCGAUGUAGAGAAGAUAGCCUUGUAUUUAGUCU